AUGAAGAGGAAACAGAAGAGAUUUCUGCAGAUGACUUUGUUAUUCAUGGUGGCUUUAAUUUUCCUGCCCAAUAUUGGUCUCUGGUCUCUGUACAAGGAUAAGCACCUGGUGAAAUCUACAGAACCCGGGGAGCAGCAGACAUUUCCACUGGGCCUGGGAGAUGGGCAAUUCUAUGCAUGGACAGAUGGUUUGAGAAGAAAGGACUGGCAUGACUAUGAAAGCAUUCAGAAAGAGGCUAUGCGCUCAGGGAAAGGUGAGCAUGGGAAACCUUACCCCCUCACUGAAGAGGACCAUGAUGACUCAGCUUACAGAGAAAAUGGUUUCAAUAUUUUUGUCAGCAACAAUAUUGCUCUAGAGCGGUCCCUGCCAGAUAUUCGCCAUGCUAAUUGUAAGCACAAGAUGUACCUGGAAAGGCUGCCAAACACCAGCAUCAUUAUCCCAUUUCAUAAUGAAGGUUGGACUUCACUCCUGCGUACUAUCCAUAGUAUAAUUAACCGAACCCCAGAGAGUCUGAUAGCAGAAAUCAUUCUAGUAGAUGACUUCAGUGAUAGAGAACACUUGAAGGAUAAAUUAGAAGAAUAUAUGGCCCGAUUUUCCAAAGUAAGGAUCGUUCGCACCAAGAAAAGGGAAGGGCUCAUCCGGACCCGACUCUUGGGGGCAUCUAUGGCAAGAGGAGAAGUCUUAACGUUCCUGGACUCCCACUGCGAGGUCAAUGUGAACUGGCUGCCCCCUCUCCUUAACCAAAUUGCACUAAACCACAAAACCAUCGUGUGCCCCAUGAUCGAUGUCAUUGACCACAAUCACUUUGGGUAUGAGGCACAAGCUGGGGAUGCCAUGCGAGGCGCCUUCGACUGGGAAAUGUACUACAAAAGAAUCCCCAUUCCUCCAGAGCUCCAGAGGGCAGAUCCCAGCGACCCUUUUGAGUCUCCCGUUAUGGCUGGAGGUCUCUUUGCUGUGGAUCGAAAGUGGUUUUGGGAGUUGGGUGGCUAUGACCCAGGUUUAGAAAUCUGGGGAGGAGAACAAUAUGAAAUCUCUUUUAAGGUUUGGAUGUGUGGAGGAGAAAUGUUUGAUGUCCCAUGUUCUAGAGUUGGUCAUAUCUACAGAAAGUAUGUCCCUUAUAAAGUUCCAUCUGGGACCAGCCUGGCAAGAAACCUGAAGCGUGUGGCUGAGACCUGGAUGGAUGAAUUUGCUGAGUACAUUUACCAGCGGCGCCCAGAAUACAGGCACCUGUCCACCGGGGACAUCUCCGCCCAGAAGGAGCUGCGCAAACAGCUCAAGUGCAAGGACUUCAAGUGGUUCAUGGCUGCAGUGGCCUGGGAUGUGCCUAAGUACUACCCUCCGGUGGAGCCCCCACCAGCCGCCUGGGGGGAGAUUCGAAACGUGGCCGCAAAUCUCUGCGUGGACAGCAAGCACGGAGCCACAGGCACCGAGCUGAGGUUGGAUAUCUGUGUCAAGGACGGUUCUGAAAGGACGUGGUCUCAUGAACAGCUCUUUACUUUGGGAUGGAGAGAAGAUAUCCGACCCGGGGAGCCACUUCACACCCGAAAAUUCUGCUUCGAUGCAAUCUCGCACAACAGCCCGGUCACUCUCUAUGACUGUCACGGCAUGAAGGGGAACCAGCUCUGGGGAUACAGAAAGGACAGAACAUUAUUCCAUCCUGUGAGCAACAGCUGUGUGGACUGCAACCCCGCAGAGAAGAAGAUUUUCAUGGCCAGAUGUGACCCUCUAUCUGAGACUCAGCAGUGGGUUUUUGAACAUCUUAAUAUGACUGUUUUAGAAAAAUUUAACCACCAUGCCAGCUCCUAG